AUGUCCUCCUCUUCCAGUACUAGCACAUCACCAGUAUCUCCCACACUGGCUGUUGACCCUACCAUCACACAAGACAUAAACAGCAUUCAUCAACGCAGGCUGGUAACAAUCACAGAGGGAAUCACUACAGACCCUAAGGAAAUCACAUCCUGGAUUGCAGACCUGGGAGCCAAUGGUCAGUGGCCUAGUUCUGAAGUGAAUUACACUAGCGGAUGCGACGCACAAAGGUCCAACUGGCCUGCUCAAGAGCACUGGCAACGUAUCAGUACCAUGGCUGCUGCUUGGCACGGCGGUCUUAGCGGGGGGCAGCAAUACGUUAACGAUUCCAAGACCUUAGCCGCCACAUCACUUGCUAUGGACUAUUGGUUCGCUAAUGAUUUCACUAAUCCCGCAUGUCUAGACUAUGGAGGCACUCCAACCUGCCCUUGUGGCACGCCUGGAUUUUGGAACACGAAUUGGUUUUCUAAUGUUAUCUUGAUCCCCGAACUGGUGUCACAAUCCUGCCUACUGCUGAACGAUACACUGUCAUCUACUCAACUUGGCAAUUGUACUCACAUCACCCUCCGUGCAUAUGGCACGUUCGACCACUAUGUCAAUGGUAUAGGUUACAUCACUGGUGCGAAUGCGUUAGACGUUGCAAAAAUUGGGAUCGAUCAAGGUCUUCUGGUUGUCAAUGUCUCCUUGAUCACAGAUGCCUUCAUGAGAGUUCAUGAGACUGUGGUUAUUGAACAGCCCGUUGGAUCUGAUGGGAUUCGUCCUGACGGAUCUUUCGGUCAACACCUUGGGAUCAUCUAUAAUGGCAAUUAUGGGAAAGAUUUCUCAAAUGACGUUCUCAACCUGGAAAUUGAGGCUGCAGGAACACAAUUUGCUGCUAAUGCAACUUCCAAGACUGCAUUUGAAACUUUAUUUGACGGAAAUCGAUGGAUGAUCUUCCGUAACGUCCAGACCAAUGUAUCGCAUUGGGAUUUUAGCGUUUUAGGUCGUUUCAUCAGUUUCCCUGUGAUUGACGACCAGGCUACCGGUAGCAUCAAUAUGAACCUUUCAGAAGUUCAGCAACUGGGGGAGGAAUGGAACUCUACUGUUCUCCUCGAAUUCUCUUCGACCCUAUCUGCCAACACAACUGAUGCAAAUGUGGGUGAGCUCCACGGGAAUCGUAUGUUCUUUGCCAAUGACUACAUGGUAACUCGCGGUCCAGGCUAUGUGACCACAGUGAGAAUGUAUUCUAAUAGGACAAUCAACACAGAGUGUCUCAACUUUCAAAAUCCUUUGGGUUUCCACCUCUCUGAUGGCACUGUUUACACUUACCUUCAAGGCAAUGAAUAUGAAGACAUCGCUGCUGCCUGGGACUGGAACCUUAUCCCUGGAAUUACUGUGGACUAUAACGCUACAGUACUCGAUUGUAACAAUACUUCAUACACCGGUCAAGAAGCCUUUGUCGGUGGCGUCUCGGAUGGUCGAAUUGGCGCCGCAGCAAUGCGCUACACCAACCCUGAGAGUGGAUCGAUAUCCUGGCAAAAGACAUGGUUUUUCCUGGAAACCGACAUUCAACAUGUCAUGAUCGCCAACAUUUCGUCUACCACUGCAGCCCCUGUGUUUUCGGUUCUUGACCAACGACGCUUCGGAGGCGGUGUUUGGGUCAAUGGAGUAGGGACUUAUGGUGGCAACUACACAGAUCCACAGACCAUGUGGCAUGGCGACGUUGGCUAUGAGUUUCUAGCUGCUCAUGGGACAUAUGAACUCUCCGUUGAAUGGGGCAACCGCACGGGUGCUUGGUCAAACAUUGGAUCCUCCACGCAGCCUCCUGAGACGGUCGAACUCUUUGCCGCAUGGCUCCAUCACAACAACCUAUCUGCCCCUGUCUCUUAUACAUCUUAUCCUGCGGUUGAUUACGGUACCUUCACGCUCAAGCGAGCAGCCACUCAGCUGCAGGAAAUUGAGAAUAGCGCGAGUAUCAGCGCGUUGCUCGAUAAAGUCCAUCGAACGGUAACAGCAGUAAUUUGGAGUCCCACUGGUGGUUCUUUCACCUUCCAGCUGGAUGGAAGCUACGCACCAAUCACCGUCACAACCAGUGCGAACGCCGCCGUUCUCUAUCGGGUAGAAUCUGGCACUGUGACAGUCUCAGAUCCAUCGCAGACACUUUCUGAACUCACUGUAGAAAUGACUGCUGGAGAUGGAGUUAAACCAAAAGGAUGGGGUUCUCAAAACACCCUUAUUAUUUAUUUUACACUACCUAGCAGUGGUUCAGCAGGAAGCAGCGUGACCCGCGUAUUAGGGCAGUAG